AUGACAACUAUUGCGGUCGUCUCAGGCGACAACGCUGCGGCCAGCAACGCUGAGUCGGCCUCCAAAGCGACGUUCAAUGUCGGGACCAGAAAAUCCAAACUCGCUCUCGUGCAGACGGAUCUAGUCGUCAAAGCGUUGGUAGCCGCCUGUCCUGAGAACGUCUAUGCAAUCAAAGCGCGAGAUACUGCAGCAGGCGACAUUGACAAAAUCACGCCCUUCAAGGACAUGCCUGUGAAGAAUAUCUGGACCCACGAAUUGGAGACUCUCAUGGUCGAAGGACAAUUAGAUUUUCUAGUUCACUCGCUCAAAGAUGUCCCAACGCAGUUGCCUCCGGGUUGCGAGAUAGGCGCGGUGCUGGCGCGGGAAGACCCUAGAGAUGCCUUCGUCCUCAAAGCUGGAAGACAAUCCUGCAACAUAGAGGAGCUUCCUGCCGGGUCAGUCGUAGGAACGUCGUCCAUCCGACGAACCGCCCAGAUCGCGCUCAAAUAUCCACAUUUACGAGUGGUCGAUGUCAGGGGCAACGUCGGCACUCGCCUAGCUAAGCUCGAUGCUAAGGAUGGGCCUUUUGAUGCUUUAAUCCUCGCCGCUGCCGGACUGAUUCGCCUUGGACUCACUGAUCGGAUUAGUCAAUACCUAGACUCCAAAAAUGGUGGAAUGCUUUAUGCUGUUGGACAGGGAGCGAUUGGCGUUGAGAAUAGGUCGUCUGACGAUCGCGUGCAGGGCAUGUUGAACAUGAUCGACCACCAACAAACUCACCUUGCUACAGCGAGCGAGCGGAGUCUAUUGAAGACUCUGGAAGGCGGAUGCAGUGCUCCGCUGGGAGUGGAGACCACGUGGAUCAAGAAUGAAGAGGGUCGCUCACUUCUGCAGCUCAAAGCAAUCGUUGUCAGCACAGAUGGCCAGGAGAAGGCUGAAAUCGACAUGACAGAGAGUGUCCAUAGUCAGAACGAUGCGGAGGUGUUUGGAACCAAUGUUGCGGCAGAGUUGCUUCGCAGAGGGGCGGACAAAAUCCUCGCGGACAUCAAAGCAAAGCGGCCAACCACUGUCGCAGACCUUGAAGAGAAAUGA